UUUCCAGCUUUUAUCGGCACCACCGGAGAAGCUGAAAUUCCGUCCGGCCGUCUCUGUUUAUUUCUCAAACCUCUUAUCUCUUAAUGGCGGCGAAUGGAUUGGAUUUAGCUUACGCCUACAGAAGAAAACCCUUUUCUUCUUCAUCAUCUCUCCUGAACUCAUUUUUCAUGUCCACAGUCAAUAUCGCCGCUAAUUCUCUCGUCUCCGUCGCCUCAAAUGCCAAAAACGAACUUUCCGGCAGGAAAUGGCGCCCCGCCGACCACUUCCGCUUCAUGCUCAUGCUCACCUCUUGGUUUACGGUUUGGGUUUUGAGAAUUGUCAUAGAUUGGUUCCCUAUUGCUCUCGCCCCUUCUUGCCGCCUGCUAACUCGUAUCUGCGGCGGCGGUGGGUCUGGGAGUUCGCCGCCUCUGCUGUUGCCGCCGCCGUCUUCCGACCCCUCGUCGGCGUUGGUUCCUUCGCCACUGGCUUCGCUUUCCAAAUUGGAUUUGAUUCCUUUUGAAACUGUUGACUUCGGUGGUUCCUCAGUUAAGCCUCUUACCCGAGCUCUCUCUCAAAUCUUAGCGAUCCUGAGCGAGAUGCCGGCAAGUUGCCGGAAGUACCAAUUUACGAUGGCAAUGGCAGAGAAGAUGAUGGACGAAAACGCCAAAGGCGGCCAGUUCGAGCUCCUGCAGGUGAACCGUUCUGCCCUCUCCGCCGCCAUCGCCCGAACCUCCUCGCUCCUAUACGACUCACUCAAGCGGACCCGAGAUUUCGAAGAACGAACCAGAGCCGGCUCAUGGCCGUCGCGGAUCAUCGCCGCCCUCCCAUUCGGAGCCUACGUCACUCCGUACCUUAAAUUUGUGGAUCUUGCCGUGAGUGCCGUCCGGACCAUCGUCCCCAAGGAGGAGCCAUUGAACGCUAGGAGAUCGGAGACGGGAAUCAUGGAGGGGGAAUUCGGCAGCGAGGUGGUAGCGGAGAAGCUCGGUCAUGAGUUAAUUUGGAUGGCGAACAAGCUACGGGAGUACGGUGCGGUGGAUGAGGCUAUAUUACAGUGGAGCUUCGCCGGCUGCCUGGCCUCUGUUUCCGUCUGCUGUAAUCCGAGAAUCCAGUGGUGCUUCGUCAAGAUCUCAGCGACUCUGUUCCUGGAGCUGGCGGGCAAAGAAAUGGAGGAGAUGAUAACAUCGGAGGUAAAAUUCCGAAUGCUAUCGCUAUGGCUGCCAUUGCUGUGCUACGCCCGAAACGGAUUAACCUUUCCAGCGCUGAUGAGGUACGAGAAGGACGAAACCGAAAGAGCCCUGAAUCAGAUCAUCGGAACCUUGCCGCCGAUGGAACAGGAACUCAUCUUAACCAAUUGGCUCCAAGAUUACGCGAUCUCCGCCUCCGAAUGGCCCAAUCUUCAGCCGUCUUACGAUCGCUGGUGCAAUUCGACUCGACAACUCACCGGCUGAUCGGUGGAUCUGAAAAGAUCUAUGGAAGAAUUAGUUUUACUUUUUUACAAAUGGUUUGAAAUUUACUUGAUUUUGUGAAAUAUUUAUUUGUAUUGAAUAAAUAGUUAGGGUUCAGAUUAUUUAUAUUUAAA